AUGGUUGUCAUCCGCUUUGACUCCAAUCGAAAGAUUUGGAAACGAGUGCCGUUCGUGGAAGUUCGAAAGUUCGGCGACGGGACUUUGCGGCCGCUGUGGAAGAAGACGGAGGUUGCCACCGUCCCAGAGCGACCCAAAGACUUCGUCGACAUCGACGAUGAUGAGGCAUCAGCAGACAAUGCUCCGGUUGUGGACGCUGAGGCCUCGAAGGCCACAGUCCUCAUCGGCAGCCCGGAAGAGGAGCCGCCGAAGGACGAGCCUUCAACAAAGCGAAAAGACCCUGCCGCUGGAGACAAGGACGCAAAGGCGGCCAAAAAAAGAAAAACAUGA